AUGGAUCUACCGGCACAUGAGGCAGGUCCGGACAGGAGGCCCGAGUCAGGUCAGCCACUCGAAAGGGAGGGGAGCAAGUCAGGAGCCGCAUACUUCGAGACUCUUCAGCCAGGCAUCGUACCGCAUAAUAGCCCAUCUGAAAGUUGCCUGCCGUCUUUUCCAAUUCCUUUCAAUCUGCCUCCUGAACGUUACCAAGAAUUUGUAGAACAUGCAGUGUCAAUUGAGGGCAUGGAUUCUUUCGAAUUUGUCCAUAGACACCUUGACACUAGACGCAGUGCCUGA